AUGUCCGGCAGAAGUCUUGAACCAGCUGGAGUGAAAGUAGCCAAGUGCUAUAUCUGCCAUUAUUCUAAUGCUCUUCCUGGCGAAACCUCGCUCAUGCAACAUCAACUGGAUAAACACGGCCUCAAAGACAUAAACGGCACCGAAUCAAAGCAAGGCGACGAGGUCACAAAGCCAUUCAAGUGUGCGCACCAUGGGACCAAGCACGCCUCAGAAUCUACUAAUGACGCAAAGGGAAGCUCUACGGCACCAAACUCCGCCAUCGACAACAGUGAAUUCCUCAGCCAACUGAACGACUUGAAGAAGGAUAUUAAAAAUUGGGAAUCUAAGACGGCCUGGUUGCGAUUUUCCCUUUGUAACAAGUCCUUCGACCAAGAAAUUGCGCUUGACAACCAUAAUAGGGACCGGCAUAGCAUCGAGCCACAGGACAAAUACGAUCAAAAAGGCCAGAAGCUGAAGAAGCUCAAAUGUAAACUGUGCAACAAGUCUUUUACUUACCAGUCUUCACUCUCAGACCAUUAUAGGCACAAACAUGCUUAUGAGAAGACAGAUGACUCUCCUGCAGAAAAUUCGGCUCAGAAUGCGACCACAAACGGAUCCAGCUAUCCAAGGAAGAGAACACAAAGAGAAAAGAUGAGAAUCCUCCUGCAGCUAAAGGUCUUUCGUUCUAGGGCCGCACUUUUACAACAUGAAGACGCCAAGCGCCCUAUGGAAAUGACAGAUGGUGCAGGGAUACGUGGUGGAAAUAAAGAGGUCGCUGCUGAGGAGGUGAAUUCGAAGAAAGAGAAACAAGUCCCCGUUGGACCCCCUGCACCACUGUGGAAGUGCGAUUUCUACAGGUCGACCUUUGAUCAUUUCGAUUUGCUUGAACAGCAUGUAAUACGCCAUAACCUCUGGUCGGAUGAUGGACCUGUUAUUAUACACAAGUGUGACUUUUGUCCCAAGACAUUUUACUCCGAUGAGGAGCUUGAAGAGCAUAUAAGAACCACCUAUCGUUUUCCUUCGCCGGAUGUAUGGAAGGAUACCGACGGGGAGACUGACGAGGAGAACUGCGUGGAGAGCAAUGAAGACAGCAACGAAGAGAACGAGAGGGAGCAGGAGCCCAUUGAAAAGCCAGGCGAGAACUCCGCCUAG